AGCCCUACCGCUUUCAAGGUCUGGUGGAGACGGGGACAGGACAAAGGCACAGACGCCCAUCAUGCACUCUUCCCAGCGGCGGGCAGCCAGUCCAGCACAGCAAGUCGAACAUCCGUCUACCUCUCCAGGGGUUGAGGCUCGCGGCCUCGCAAGCCCAGUAGGCUUGGGUCUGACUACUACUCAGGUCGACGGAGACGACGACGAUGACGAAGCUGCUCGUGCUCUGGAGUUGGAGUUCGAAGCGGCCAUGGACACCGAUGACUUCAAGGCAUCAGCGGCCACAACCACAGUCAAGUCGCACUCUCCCUCUUCUCCUCCUCAAGCACACUCUCCUACCAAGCUGGACCUGCAACAAUCCCUGGUAACGCCCCUGACGCCCACGCUCACAAAGGCCAGCAGCACUGGCGGGGCUGCCUCUGCCCCUGCCGGUGCUGGUGCUCCCACUACUGCCGCCGGCGCCGUCACUUCUCCCCCUCCUCUCUCCUCCUCUUCGGCCAGCCUAGCCGGUGCUACACAGGGUUCAAGCACAACGGCCAAUAGAUGGAAGGCCUCUUGGCAACCUAUGGCCUAUAGUGGGAGUAAUGCUGGGAAUGGUCAGCCUUCCCAGUAUGAUGAUGACGACGAUGAUGAUGAGGAAGAGGAUGAUGAGGACGAUGAAGAAGAGGAUGAUGAUGAAGAGGAAGAGGAAGCUGAAGGGGGCAGUGAGGAUCUUGAUGAGUUUGCUCGAUUGCUCGAGGAGGAACUUGCUGGUGCUGGGGACUGAGGAAGAGGAGGCGGGGGUGGGCGAGCC